AUGAUUAAUAAAUUUGAUACUCAAUCGAUAUUUUCAUUUUCAGCGAUCGCUGCUGAUAAUUUAGCUGUUCAUGAACUUGCUGGCUUUCAGCAAACUUUCAGUUCCGGUUAUUUCUGUAGACGAUGCUUAGUAACAUAUGAGAAUCGUCUUUUACCUUUAACCGAUGUACAUUUCAUUCAAAGAACACAUUUACAGCAUAAUAAAUAUUUAAAUUCACUUGAAAAUGAUCUUCAAAUGAAAUCAAAAUUUGGUGUAGUUGGACCGAGUCCAUUGAAUGGUUUACAAAAUUUCGAUCCCACUACUUCGUUUCCAGGUGAUCUGAUGCAUGAUUUCUAUGAAGGGGUUUGUCCUCUAAUUAUUAUGGCCAUGCUAAAAGAAGCAUCCAGUUCAAGAUUAAUCACUUACAACGCUAUUCAAAACAGAACAGAGAAUUUUGUUUAUGGUAAUUUGGACAAAUCAAAUAAGCCUCCUGCUAUAAUGGUCAAACAUUUUAAUAGUGAUCGCAUUGUUGGAAGUGCCGCUCAAAAGUACUGCCUUUUUCGUUUAUUUCCAAUUAUGUUCUCUGAUCUAGUUGAACGCUUGGAAUCGUUCAAAAUUUAUCUUAUUUUGCGCGAACUAUUGGAUAUGGUAUUGGCUUUGUCUCAAAGAAAACGUUGGUUACCUUUCAUGGAAACGUUGUCGAUAAAUUUUCAAUGUUUGAUGUUAGAUCUGCUUCCACAUAAAGUAAUACCAAAGGUGCAUUUUAUCACUGAAUACACGAGAAUCAUUGAUGAAAAUGGUCCACCAGUGCGAUACUGGUGCAUGAGAUAUGAAGCUGCCCAUUUAUAUUUCAAGAAGAUUGCAAUGCAAUCUUAUAAUUUCAAAAAUAUCCCGAAAACAUCGGCUCAACGACAACAACUACGCCAAUGCUUUUUUUUAUCAAAACCUUAUUUUUUGAGGACAUUUGAGGAAGCUAGUGAUACUAAACAAACUCGUAUGCAUGAAAUAGAUUCAAAGGUUAAAAUUCUUAUCGCGCAGCGAUAUGGACAACAAUUAGUUCAAUCUGAUCAAUCAUUACUUCGAUGUUCUAAGCUCAUACACAAUCAUAUUAUUUACAAACAAUACGCCGUUUAUGUUUAUGAUUUAGAACAUGUGGAAGAAAUUCCAUUGUUUUUUCAAGUUCUCUACAUAUUCAAGUUCAAUCAACGAUGGAUGUUUAUUGUAGAUUUUUUAAAUACUGACGGUUUCAGUACAAAAUUAUGGAGCUACAAACUCAGCUCAUAUGGACGACUUGGAAUUGUUCUACCAAAUGAUUUAAAAUAUUUUCACAAAGGACUUGAUCUGUAUGAAAUUGAUAACCUUCAUGUUGUUAAUCUCACAUCAAGAUUAACAAAAAAUAAUUAA